UUUUUUUUUCCAACUCAUCGGCUGGUGCUAUCGUGCGCCGCUGGUGGCCGGUGAUCCGAACUUGUAACUCUUUUUAAGUAUCAAUUCUAUCAGCUUCUCUCCCGCGGUCAUCUCGAAUUCCCAACCGCCCCUAUAAGCUUGCUCGGAGCCUGCGAUUGUGCGGACGGGUUUGUGGUUUGGGGUUUUGACUAAGAAAUGGAGUCAACGCUUGGGAUUGGGGGUUGGGGACCAGCAAAACCCUGAUUUGGGAUUCUGAUUGGAGCCCUGGAGAUGGAGCGGUGAGUAUUUUGGUUGGAUUUAUGGAGGUUUUGUAGGAUCGGAGAGUUUGCCUGGGGUUCUUGGUGGAUUUUGCUAUGGAGCCGAAGGAGCUGAAUUUGAACAGAGAGUCUGAAGCUGGCGGCGGCGGCGGCGGCGGCGGCGGCGGCGUUUGUGGCGUCGGUGGUGGUGCUGAUGGGUUCAUCGACAGGAGCAGGGUGAGGAUUUUACUCUGCGAUAACAACGAGUACAGUUCGGAAGAGGUUUUCACGCUUCUUGUGAAAUGCUCUUACCAGGUUAUUUCCGUGAAGUCUCCUCGACAAGUGAUUGAUGCAUUGAAUGCAGAGGGGCCUGAUAUUGAUCUCAUACUUGCCGAAGUUGACCUUCCAAUGCGCAAAGGCAUGAAAAUGUUGAAGUACAUCACACGGGAUAGAGAGUUAAGGCGCAUUCCUGUAAUCAUGAUGUCGGCACAAGAUGAGGUCUCUACUGUUGUCAAGUGCUUGAAGCUUGGAGCAGCAGACUAUCUUGUAAAGCCUUUACGCACAAAUGAGCUUCUGAACUUGUGGACACACAUGUGGAGAAGAAGGCGCAUGCUUGGGCUAGCAGAGAAGAACCUUAUAAAUUAUGUUGAUCUGGUGAUAUCAGACCCUAGCGGAUCUAAUACGAACAGUACUACUUUAUUCUCGGAUGAUACAGAUGAUAAAUUGGGCAAUCCUGAGACAGGAACCUCAGCUCCCGAGGAAGAUAAGUCUACUCCUGUUAUGGAGCUUCCAGUCGAGAAUAUAUCAGAAUUUCGGCCCGAUGUUCCAGGAAUAAGUGACCGGCAAACUGGAAAGUUUUUAUCUGCCCCAAAGAAGAGCGAACUAAAGAUUGGCGUUGGCAAGUCAUCUGCCUUCUUUACGUAUGUGAAAUCAAGCAAACUAAAAAUCAAUCCUCAGGUGGUUGCACAUAUUGAAGACAUUGCCACUGAAAAUUUGAGGAUAGAAGAGAAACAUGAAGAAUGUGUUCACCAAGUGGUUGAUGAUCCCCAAGUACAUGGAAAUGGAGAGGCGUGGGAAAGCAACUCACAGGGAGAUGACUUGCCGAGCAGUAACAGUAUCCCAGAUUCUCUUUCUUUGGAGAGGUCUAGUACCCCGUCUGGAUCAAUGGAACUUCAAAAUCAGAGCAGUUUUGAGGAAGACAGAUCCUCUCUGGUGCCUGCACAUCCAAGAAAUGAACCUCAACAUGAUUUUUCUGGCCUACCUGCCCAAGCCGCCUAUCAAUAUUAUAUGUCGGGAGCUGUCAAUCAAGUUAUGAUGUCAUCAUCACCCGAAGUUUAUCAAAAGAAUCUGCAUGACAUGCAAAAUCAUGCUAUGAUGCCGCAAUACAAUCAUUUUCCACACUGCCCUCCACACCUAAAUGGGAUGGCUUCGUUCCCCUAUUAUAGUGUAUGCUCGCAACCUGGUCAACAAAUGCCGAAUGCUCAGCCAUGGCCAUCAUUUGGAAGUUCAGCAUCCACUGAAGUGAAUCUAAAUAAGGUUGACAGAAGGGAGGCAGCAUUGAUUAAAUUUAGGCAAAAAAGAAAGGAGCGCUGUUUUGAUAAAAAGAUCAGGUAUGUAAAUAGAAAGAAACUUGCCGAAAGGAGACCUCGUGUGCGGGGACAAUUUGUGGGGAAGUUAAAUGGUGUAAAUGUGGAUCUUAACGGCGAGCCUGCUUCUGUUGAAGAUGAUGAGGAGGAGGAGGAUGAAAAGGAUGACGAGGAGCUUGCAUCAAGGGAUUCCUCCCCGGAAGAUGGUGCUUCUUGAUAAUAUUACCUAUAUGGAUGAGUGGGGAUUUGUGUUGCAUGGUUUAAUUGAAGUAUACUGGGUGCAUCGUCGUAUUGGUUGGACAUUGAUCAAGGGUUCAAGCUACUGGUUCUAUUUCAGUAAUCAAAGAUCAGAUCAUCGUAAAGUAUCCCGCUGUCCAUCUUCUUGAGUUACAGAAUAGCCCAACAGACACUCAGUGUAGAGCUCUUGAGGUCGGGAACCUUUCAUCCUUGAUUCAUCCAUGUCCGAAAUCCAAACCGGAAAUGGGCUCAUCUUCCGAAUUUUUCUGUCAAGAAGUUUUAGAUUUAAACAAUGACUUAAACAGGAGAACGGUGUUUUCUCUUCUUGUUAGUAUAUGGAAUUUUAUGGUAAUCGAGAUAUCAUACUUCUUUUGUUCUGUUUCCUUAAUUUUUGUGAAAGUUUUGAAGA